GCUCCACCUUAAGCAGAGCUCUAGCAGUCUGUGUGUUUGUGUUGAAGCCAACAGGCACAAUAUAUUACAGUGUAGGACUCGCUGCUGAAAACCCUGCUGGAUCUUCUUGUGACCUGCUGUUCUUUCCUGCUUUCCGGUGUUUUUUUACAUUUAGAUUAAAAACAAAUCUCCCUCUCUCCCAGUCCCCCCCUAUUCUUUUUCUUUUCUAUUCCAACAGACAAGCCAUCCCUUCAGUUUCGUGUUCUGCUCCAUAUGUGAAGACGAGGGACUGGAGGUACUGUAGAUUGUUGGUGAAUUUGGAUGGAGGAGUGUAGUAUUUUUGUUUUUAUGUUGUCGGAGGGGUUGGUGACGGAACAGGGAGGUACUGGGGGGUACUUCGAUAUAAUGCUCAGGCUUCACUGCCAUGUCAAUGCGUAUGGAUUCUAACUGAUCGGAGAGUAAAAAGGACAACGAGAGAGGAAGAGGAGAAACGAGAGUGCUACUUUGGUUACACAGAGGAGACGGAAAGAAGAAAAAGGAGCCAAAGUGCGGCACGGGGAUCCGUUUUCUAGUUAUACUCGUCGGAUGCACUGACAGACUGAGCUCUCCCAGCUGUGUUGACAGGCUCCCGUGAGAAGACAGUGAGGGAGAGAGGCGAAGAGAGCAGGACUGGGCUGGAGGAAGGACUGCUCUCCCGCCUUGCCUGCGACCAGACCAGAUCAGACCAGAGCAGGGAAGAGAGAUCUGGACUGGGCUGUGUUCCUUGUGGAGGGCAAAGGAGUGAAGGGCCAGGGGACGGGCUCUGACCUGUCCAUCAAGCGGACUGUGAGCAUCUCUUCUACUGGGACAAUGUACCCUCAGGGCAGGCAUCCGGUCCCUCUUCAGCCUGGCCAGUCUUUCAAGUUCACAGUCCUGGAGACCCUGGACCGCAUCAAGGAGGAGUUCCAGUUCCUCCAGGCCCAAUACCACAGCCUGAAACUGGAGUGUGAGAAGCUGGCCAGUGAGAAGACCGAGAUGCAGAGACACUACAUCAUGUACUAUGAGAUGUCCUAUGGGCUGAACAUUGAGAUGCACAAGCAGGCGGAGAUUGUGAAGCGUCUCAGUGCCAUCUGUGCUCAGAUCAUCCCCUUCCUCUCUCAAGAACACCAACAGCAGGUGGUCCAGGCAGUGGAGAGGGCCAAGCAGGUCACCAUGGCCGAACUCAACGCCAUCAUUGGGCAGCAGCAGCUCCAGCACCUGUCUCACCACACCCCAGGUAUCCCUCUGACACCCCACCCAUCAGGCCUCUCUAUAGGGGGAGGCUCGGGCCUGCUGGCCCUUACUGGAGCUUUAGGGGUCUCAGCCCACCUGGCCUCCAAGGAUGAACGCAACCACCUGGACCCUGAGCACCUGAGAGAGGGUGCACCCAGCAGGAGUAAGUCUGUCUCAUCAACAGACAGCCAGCCAGUGGAGGAGCGUCAGGGCCCGUCAGGGGGGUAUUCUUCCUCACAGGGAGGUAACGACAGCAAAAGGAGGCGUUGUGAAGACAAGGAGGCCCUCCCACCUCACUAUGACAGUGAUGGAGACAAGAGUGAGGACAACCUGGUGGUGGACGUCUCUAAUGAGGAGCCCACGUCCCCUGUGGGAACCCCUCCUCGCUCCCCCCACGGGAACGGUCUGGACCGGGCCCCUAACCUGAGGAAGGAGUUACCAGGGUCCCCCAGGAGCCCCGGGGCAGCCCCUUCCUCUCCUCAACCACGCAGUCCCCCCGUGGGCAAGGCCAAGGACUCAGCACAGAUGGAGAAGUCUGGGUCUCCACUGUCUAAGUCGAGCACCCCGUCCCCGUCUCACUGCGAGGCCCUAACCCCCGGCCCUGCGGGCCCGAGUACGUCCUGCCUUCGAUUGGUCAGCAAGGCUGCCACCUCUGCUGACCCCCUGGCUCUCCGCAGUCCCCUAUCUGUGCCCUCUGGUUCAUACCCGGCUCACUUUGGGGUGGUGUCCCACGCAGGCCUUAACGGGGAGCUGGCGAGUCCCGGGGGCUUCGGGGGCCCCCUCACUCUCUCGCCCCAGAUCAGCGCUGCCGCCAGCGCCUACACGCGCAGCCCCUUGGUUGCGUAUGAGUCUCGCUCUCACCUCAGGGCGCCAGGGCUUUCCUCUUCACUGUCUGGUGGAUCCUCUGGGGGAAAACCUGCCUACUCUUUCCAUGUGAGCGCGGAUGGACAGAUGCAGCCGGUGCCUUUCCCUCCGGACGCCCUGCUAGGCCCGGGGAUCCCGCGGCACGCCCGUCAGAUCCACACUCUGAACCAUGGAGAGGUGGUGUGUGCUGUCACCAUCAGCACCUCCACACGCCACGUGUACACAGGGGGGAAGGGCUGUGUCAAGGUGUGGGACAUCAGCCAGCCUGGGAGCAAGAGUGCCAUGGCCCAGCUGGACUGUCUGAACAGGGAUAACUACAUCCGCUCCUGCAAACUCCUCCCCGAUGGGCGGACCCUCAUCGUUGGAGGUGAAGCCAGUACGCUGUCAAUCUGGGACUUGGCCACACCCACUCCCCGCAUCAAGGCGGAGUUGACGUCAUCUGCCCCGGCCUGCUACGCUCUGGCCAUCUCCCCCGACAACAAGGUCUGCUUUUCCUGCUGCAGCGACGGAAACAUUGUAGUCUGGGACCUGCACAACCAGACCCUGGUCAGGCAGUUCCAGGGUCACACUGAUGGGGCCAGCUGCAUUGACAUCUCCAACGAUGGGACCAAACUGUGGACGGGGGGGCUGGACAACACAGUACGCUGCUGGGACCUGAGAGAGGGCAGACAGCUGCAGCAACACGACUUCACCUCACAGAUCUUCUCCCUGGGCUACUGUCCUACAGGAGAGUGGCUGGCAGUAGGCAUGGAGAGCAGUAAUGUAGAAGUGCUGCAUGUCUCUAAACCAGACAAGUACCAGCUGCACCUCCAUGAAAGCUGUGUUCUCUCACUGAAGUUUGCCUCCUGUGGCAAGUGGUUUGUGAGCACUGGGAAGGACAAUCUGCUGAAUGCAUGGAGGACACCAUAUGGAGCCAGUAUUUUCCAGUCCAAGGAGUCUUCGUCGGUCCUGAGUUGCGAUGUGUCACCAGAUGAUAAGUACAUAGUGACCGGUUCUGGAGACAAGAAGGCUACGGUGUAUGAGGUGGUUUACUGAGAACAUGAGAAGGGGGCAGGGUCAUUCAGAGGGGCGGGUGGCUUGGUGGGUGGGUCGGACGGGGAACAACAUUCAUGCCCACAGCCAGGCAGGUGGGGGCAACCAUGGUUCUUCUGUACAGUAGCAAAGCUCCCAUGCUCCAGUUCCCAAAGACCCUCACUACUCCUCCUAAUGUCAGCUAGAUGUUUAAUCCAGCACCCACCCCCAGUAGCCUGAGGAGGAGGCAAGAAAUAAGGAAAGAGAAGUGAGGACGAGAGGAAUAUGCGGGGCGAUAAGUACAGAGAAAGAAAGAAGUAGACUGCUCGAGAUAACGAGAGAAGGAAGGAGAGAGAUUGAGAGGAGGGGUAAUUAGUACGGUUUCCUGAUUAAGAGCUCAGCGGAAGGGAAACCCCAGAGGAGUGGGCCACUCUGGGAGCUGCAGCAAGGAGCACUGAUACCAGACAAUCGAUUUCAUUAGCCUGACAGUGGAACCCUUAAUGAGGCCGACGCUGAACCGCAACUCCCCAGCCAGGGGUGUCAGGAGCUGGGUAGAUCUAGCGCCUUGAGCCAGGCCAUGUUGGAGCUCUGCCCCAGAGAUGUAACCAUAACACAGAGAGAUAGAUACACAUACAAAGCCUUUCACCCAAUUAAAUAUUCAUAGCAGCGCUCCCCGUCUCACUCCCCUAAUAUCUAUUUUAUUUUCGUCUCACAAAGGCAGCAUUUAAUGAGGAGCAGAGUCAAUCUAGGUCUCUGUGGGUCCCUGUGCCACAAACACUGAACAGGAGCAGUGCUGUACAUCCUAAUGCUCACCAAUGGGUUGUUCUCCUGACGAUGCUCCCUACUUAAUGCUCUUUAACUCUUUGUAUUAUACUACAUGCUCCAAAGGGUGGCAAAUUAAGAAAAGAUGAUAUCCAUGUAUACUGAAAAAAAAACUUGCUUAACUAGAACUUGCCUCACAGUUCCUAAAUGUGUAGAUUUUUUUAUAGUCACGCUACAGCUGCUUUACAUUAUUUAUUUUUAGUUUCAGUACUGGUUUCUUUGUUUUUAAGAGGAAGCUAUGGUUGCCUGUGCCUGUGAAUUGACCUUGGUUAGUAGGGGGCCAGGAGGGUUUGACUCCUCCCCCUAGCAGAAACACACAGUGGUGGGGCAGAUUGAUGUUUUUUUGUUUACUCUUUUAUUUUUUUUUAUUUUAUUUUUAUAUCUGAUGUGUCCUCCUUGGAGAACGGGCCCUUAAAAUGGCCCUCCAUUUUUGGGACAGCUUUUUCAGACAAAUUCUUUUGGUUCCUGUUUCAAGCAGAAGUGAUAACCGUGCUUCAGUAUGUUCAGUCAUUGGUGUGUGAUGCUAUUGGAGUGUUUCUGUUCAGUCUGUGGUUAGUGUACAGAAGCAGGUGUUGGGGACGGGAGACCAUGAGAUGUGUCCAGUAUUUGAUGCCUGCCUCCCCCUCCCAACUCACUGUCGUUAGCCAUAGACCGUCUCCCUACGCUCACUGUCAGCAAAACCUUCAUAUCCCCUGCUUCUGCUUCCUCUGUUCCCACAGUUAAUGACUUUUAUAUUUUAAACCUAUCAUUUAGUUACUUUUUAAAGCCAAGGAACUUAAAAAAAAAAAAAGCACUGUUUCCUUCCUGGCGCAUUUCCCAUGUGUUGUACAAGAAAGUGAAAAAUAAAUAAAGAAACUGUGUCCAUCUUUUUCAA